AUGUCUGAUCAAAUAACAGGUGAACUUCAAUCCAUAGACUUAACCACGGUCAUUCCAAAUGCUAUAGGUCUCCUUGCCUUUGAUGAAAACAAAAAUGUUAUAGAUAGCAGCGGAGUGGGCAAAGAGAGAUUGGAUGAUGUAAAUGAAUUAUCUAAUAUAGAAACUAAUUCUGAGGGCUUUGCAUUGUUAUCUGAGAAAAAUAUUAAAGUUUAUAUAUAUAAACAAGAGGGCAAAACCGUAGUAGUUUAUGCAUAUGAAAAGGUUUAG